UGCAUCGCCAGCAUGCCAAUUACACCAUCCAGGGUCGCAAAUAUCGAUGAGAUAGGUGAUGUGAAGCUAUCCUUCAAUGGAGAACACGUGGUCUACACCCUCAGUCCCGCCUUUCACGUAAAAGACACCAACAGCACGAGUGCACUCUGGCUUGCGGACGUUGGAACUCCCAAUAGUGCUCGCCAAAUCACGUCUGGGGCCUUUAACGACACCAGUCCAGCCUUCGAUCCCAACACUGGCGAUAUCUUCUUUCUUUCCGACCGCCACAAGGCCGGCUGUAAACCCCAACUCUAUCGUCUUUCCGCCCGACCGUUUAGCGGAGAGCCUAUCCCAGUCACGGACACGAAAAAUGUCUGCGGAGUGACCGAAUUCGAAAUCUCUCCAGAUGGUCGCUGGUUGGCCUACGCAUCGGCUGACGAGCCAGAGGAUAAGGACGAAGAGAAAAAGGAAUCAUAUGUAACCAUCUGGCGAACGGUCAAAAAGCACUGUCGCCUCCGAAUCUUGGACUUGAGUGGCAAAGUUCAAGGCGCUCGGACCGCAGUCGCUGUCGAUAAGCAUGUCUCCUCAAUGGCUUGGUCACCAGACAGCACUCAGAUUAUAUAUCGGCUCACUCGCUCACCCGAGCUUGAGGAUAACUACUUCCCUGCGUCCGAACAUGUCGUCUCGAUCGGAGACAAUGGGCAGUUUACCUCUAUUCAUGUUGUAACCCACGAAUUUCUGCCGCGUCCCAGCGUCUGGCCAAGCAAGAAAUCAUUCUACUAUCUCGGGAAGGCAAACUUAUUCGAUUCUCCCUCGCUAUACUCCUGCUCAAUCUCCGCUGACUCGUCCCCCACUCGCCUUCAUUAUGGUGACACUGACGACGCCAUGCAUGUUGUAACUGUCGGCUCUGGAGCUGCUGUUUCGGUCGCUUGUGGGCUCGAAACUUCAAUUGAUAUAAUCGAGGAUGGCAAAAAGCUUUUCACUGCUUUCCACACUUUUGAAGAAGGGAUCUCCUCGUGGGACAUGAAGAAGGUUGGCAACAAAUAUGUUUUUGUCGCUGUCAGGAGCUCGGGAGUAACCGGCGAGGUAGAAAACGUAUGGUCGACGACAAUCGAUAAAAUGGCUCGGGGUGUUCUCCAAACCCAGCUUUCUUCGCAUCACGAGUGGCUAGUGCCCAAUGAAACACCGCAAAGUGCCCCAUUUUAUUGGACCGCUUCAGAUGGAACCGCAUUGCAAGGUAUCAUUGUCCAUAGACGUGGUCGCCAGCCCGAAAACUCGCCCACUGUUGUCGUCCCACACGGAGGCCCAUAUUUCCGCGACGUCCUCAACCUGCGGCUCGGUCUGCGUUAUACCGGUCUUCUCGCAUCGAGAGGAUUCUUAGUUCUCUGCCCGAACUAUCGUGGUAGUCAAGGUCGUGGCAGUGCCUUCACCAAGGCAGCACAGGGAGGUAUGGGCACUGUCGACUAUGCGGAUUGCGAAAGCAUGCUUGAUGCUGCUAUUGUUCAGGGCCUUGCCUCGUCGGACAAAGUUGCGAUUGCAGGCUACAGUCAAGGCGGGUUUCUUUCCGCCUGGGGAAUCACGAGACCCAACGCAAGAUGGAAGACAGCAUGUAUCGGUGCUGCGCCAACUGAUUGGGGCAGCAUGGCUAUCUCAUCAGACUUGCCGGACUUGGAGGCACAUUUGGGUGGAUCCGCUCCCUGGUUCCCGCGAACACCAAAUCCUGCUUACCUCAACGGCAGUCCGAUGGCAGAUGUCAAGAAUGUCAAGGUUCCGGUACUUUUGCUCCAUGGUGAGAAGGACCAGCGCGUACCGCUUAGCCAGGCCAUUGGUUUCAUGCGGGGACUGGUCAGGGAGGUUGAUGAAACGGUGAGCGAGCGAUCGCAGCUGGUCAUAUACCCGCGAGAGGGUCACGGUUUUGUAGAGCGCGCACACGUUGAAGAUCAUCUCACGCGUGUGCUUGAGCAUUUGAAGAAGUACCUCUCUGAUGCCUGA